GGACAAAGAUAACUGUUCCUGCUGUAUACUUCUGUAUACUUAAUCCACCUGGAGGUUGGGUGGUGCUAUUCAACCAGAGGCUCCAACAUCGACAUGGCUCCCACAGCAGUGAUGGCUUGGGGUCGUCUCGACGCCUGUCCAGUUUUGGACUAGAGGCCUGCUGAGUGCCAAGGGAGAGUGUCCUAUCCACGAAGACACACUCACUGUCACACUAAUCACGCUAAACUCUCCGCACUCCUUCUGUGUCUGAAGCAUCAGAAUAGCUGUGUGAGGAAAAUGGCAAGUCACAGAGACCCUCGCUUUCUGCACAACCUGUCCUACCACCCACGAUGGCAGCACGACUCCAUAAAAGUGAAGAGAAAAGGACAUGUGCGGCCAGUGGCUGCAAACAGUUGCAGUGGAUAUAGUUUGUUUAAAUCAUUAGCAGCUUUAUCAUCAAAACCACAGUUGCCAUCAUCCUGUGUGCAACGCUCCAGGAGCUGGUGUUGGAACUGGCUUCUUCUACUCUUUUUCAUGCUCUCAUUUCUGCCCUGUCAAGCCUGGGCGAUCACUUUCAAGGUGGUCCUGGUUGGACCCUGGACGUGUGACAUCUUAUACUCCAAAGCCCUCCCUGACUUGGCAGCCAGUCUGGCCACAGCCCGCAUAAACAAGGACCCCUACCUGAGCAAAGGCUACUGGUAUGACUACACGCUGAUCAGUGAGGACUGCAAGUCAUCCCGUGCUCUUGUUCGCUUUCCUGAGCUGAAAGGUUAUGGUGCUGCUUUCCUGGGCCCUGCCAACCCAGGCUACUGCUCCUCAGCUGCUUUGUAUGCAAAAGAGUGGGACGUUGGGAUUCUUUCCUGGGGUUGCCUCAAACCCAGCAUGAAUGAAGGAGGGAUGUAUUCCACCUUCCUGCGGCCGCUGCCACUGUCCUCCCGUGUACUUUUUGCUGUGUUGCGGUACUUUAGUUGGGCCCAUGUGGCCAUAAUCUCAGAGGAGACAGAUUUGUGGGAAGCCACAGGACAGGAGCUGGCCUCAUCACUGAGGGCCCUUGGCCUGCCUGUCAACCCUGUGGUUACUAUGGAGUCCGACAAAGAUGGGCCUCGGCGAGCCUUGACAGCAGUGCGGGAAACAGACCGGGUCAGAGUGGUCAUUAUGUGCAUGCCUUCUGUUCUGAUUGGUGGCCAAGCCCAGUACCAGCUUCUGACAACAGCCUUGUCCAUGCGUAUGAUCGACCGUGGCUACGUGUUCAUCCCUUACGACACCCUCCUCUACUCACUACCGUACGAGGAUGCAGCCUACUAUUCGCUAGGCAAUGACACCAAGCUGCGGAAAGCCUAUGAUGGGGUCCUCACCAUCACUAUGGACUCUGGAGAACGCAAUUUCUAUGAGGCCUUCAAAGAUGCUCAAGACAGCUUUGAAAUCCGCAGCAACACCCCACCAGAGCAGGUUUCUCCAUUCUUUGGCACCAUCUACAACAUGAUAUACUACAUAGCUAUGGCUGCUGAGCAGGCCCGCACCAAUGAAGGCCGCUGGGUAACAGGUAAAAUCCUGGGUGACAGCAAGGGCGGCUUUGAAUUUGAUGGCUUUAAUCAGCACUUAGAGGCUGGCAAGAACGGUGAAGGCAUGCAAGCUCGCUAUGUAGUGCUGGACUACAGUGGCUAUGGCAACUCUCUCUACUCCACUCAUGCUCUGGAGGCCGCUCAUACAUAUGGCAGUUUUGGUGGCUUGAAAUACCUUGGACGUUCGAUCCAUUUUGCAGGCAGCACGCCCUACUCAGACUCAAUGUGCUGGUUUAGCCCAUACUUUGCCUGUAAUGGAGGACUGGAUGCAUUCAGUCUCUUCUUUCUUUUCAUUUUGUUCAUUGCAUUGGUUGGAUGUGGAGUUUACAUCUUUCUUCAUUUUAAGAGAUCUGGCAAGGUUGGGUUUAGCUUUGGAGGUGGUGGUGGAUCAACAAAGGUAGUCCUGACUCUGGACGACCUGGUCUUCAUCAACACUCAAAUCAGCAAACGGAAGCUCAAUGACGAAAGUUUCCUGAAAAGCCAGGUCGAGAAGACGCCUAACCACUCAGUGUCUUGUCGUAGCUACUUGGCCUCUUCACCAGAAAGCUCUAAUAUUGCUGUGUUUGAGGGUGACUUGGUUUGGUUGAAGAAAUGCCCAAAUGGAGCUGUCUCAGGUGUCAACAGCAAAACUGAGUUUGUCUUUAUCAAGCUCAGGGACAUGAGGCACGAGAACCUCAAUCUGUUCCUGGGAAUGUUCUUCGACUCUGGGAUCUUUGGUAUUGUGACCGAACACUGCUCCAGGGGCAGCUUGGAGAAUCUGCUCAGCAAUGAGGAAGUGCGUCUUGAUUGGAUGUUCAAGUCUUCCCUAUUAAUGGAUCUGAUUCGGGGAAUGAAGUACCUGCACCAUCGUGACAUCAUCCAUGGACGGCUCAAAUCCCGUAACUGUGUUGUAGACGGGCGCUUUGUAUUGAAGGUGACAGAUUAUGGGUUCAGUGAAAUUUUGAUUGCCCAAAACAUUGACACUGAAGGGGAAAAGCCAGAGGAUCUGCUUUGGACGGCUCCUGAGCUGCUGAGAAGCUCCAGUCUGAGGAAGAGGGGCACUUUCUUUGGAGAUGUCUACAGCUUCUCCAUCAUCGCGCAGGAGGUCAUCUCUCGCUCUACACCUUUCUGCAUGCUGGACAUGCCUCCUAAGGAGAUUAUCAGCAAAGUCAAAGAGCCUCCUCCGUUGUGUCGGCCUGUCAUAUCAGUGGACGAGGCCCCGGUGGAGGUGAUACAGAUUGUAAAACAGUCCUGGAGUGAAGAUCCAGAGAAGAGGCCGACCUUUGAGGAGAUCUUCAAACAGUUCAAGGAAAUCACCAAGGGAAAGAAGACCAACAUCAUCGACUCCAUGCUGCGCAUGUUGGAACAGUACUCCUCCAACUUGGAAGAUCUGAUUAGAGAGAGGACAGAGGAGCUGGAGGUGGAGAGGCAGAAAACUGACAUUCUGGUGGCUCAGAUGUUGCCCAAGUCUGUGGCCCAGGCGCUGAAGACAGGCAAGCCCGUCAAACCAGAGCAUUUCAGCGAGAUCACGUUGUACUUCAGUGACAUCGUGGGCUUCACCACCAUCUCAGCUCUCAGCGAUCCCAUCGAGGUGGUCGACUUACUCAACGACCUUUACUCACUCUUUGAUGCUAUCAUUGGACUGCAUGAUGUCUACAAGGUGGAAACUAUCGGAGAUGCCUACAUGGUAGCCUCAGGAGUCCCCACUAGGAACGGCAACCGCCAUGCAGCUGAGAUGGCCAACCUGUCUCUUGACAUUCUCCACUGCAUUGGGACCUUCAAGAUGAGGCAUAUGCCUGACCUGAAAGUCAGGAUUCGUAUUGGCCUGCACUCUGGCCCAGUGGUAGCAGGGGUAGUGGGUCUUACGAUGCCUCGGUACUGUCUGUUUGGAGACACUGUCAACACAGCAUCUCGAAUGGAGUCCACAUCGUUGCCUUUCAGAAUCCACGUCAACCAAAGAACAGUUGCCAUCCUGAACAGCUUGGAGAUGGGAUACAAAAUUCAAACCAGAGGCCUGACAGAAUUAAAGGGAAAAGGGAUUGAGUACACAUAUUGGUUGGUUGGGAAGGAUGAUUUCAACAAGCACCUGCCCAUUCCUCCAGACCUUCAAGGGGGAACCAGUCGUGAUAUCUCUGUAGAAGAGAUACCUGUUGACAGAAGACAAAAAUUCCUGGAUCGACAGAAGAAGAUGGGCUAG